CCGGCAUCGCAAGGCAGCCCCGGGCUCGGGACCGGGCGGGGGGCGGGGACCGCGGUCGCCUGCGCGGUUCCGGGUGCACGCAGCCCAGGGCGCACUUGACCGGAGUCGGGCUGCGGGGAAGGGCGGGUCUGCGGCGAACCCCCGAGCGCCGCGCCGUCCUCCGGGCCCUCCUCCUCGCGGCCGCCCGAGCCGGAGCCGGAGCCGGAGCCGGAGCCGGAGCCGGCGCCACCUCGCCCCCGGCUCGCGCGCCCCCGGCCAUGGCUUUCGCCAAUUUCCGCCGCAUCCUGCGCCUGUCUACCUUCGAGAAGAGAAAGUCCCGCGAAUAUGAGCACGUCCGCCGGGACCUGGACCCCAACGAAGUGUGGGAGAUCGUGGGCGAGCUGGGCGACGGCGCCUUCGGCAAGGUUUACAAGGCCAAGAACAAGGAGACCGGCGCCCUGGCCGCCGCCAAGGUCAUCGAGACCAAGAGUGAGGAGGAGCUGGAGGACUACAUCGUGGAGAUCGAGAUCUUGGCCACCUGCGACCACCCCUACAUCGUGAAGCUCCUGGGGGCCUACUUUUACGACGGGAAGCUGUGGAUCAUGAUCGAGUUCUGCCCUGGGGGAGCCGUGGACGCCAUCAUGCUGGAGCUGGACAGAGGCCUCACUGAGCCCCAGAUUCAGGUCGUGUGUCGCCAGAUGCUGGAAGCCCUCAACUUCCUGCACGGCAAGAGGAUCAUCCACCGGGACCUGAAAGCCGGCAACGUGCUGAUGACACUCGAGGGGGACAUCCGGCUGGCUGACUUUGGUGUAUCUGCCAAGAAUCUGAAGACUCUGCAGAAGCGAGAUUCCUUCAUCGGAACGCCUUACUGGAUGGCCCCCGAGGUGGUGAUGUGUGAGACCAUGAAGGACACCCCGUAUGACUACAAGGCUGACAUCUGGUCCCUGGGCAUCACUCUGAUUGAGAUGGCCCAGAUCGAGCCCCCGCACCACGAGCUCAACCCCAUGAGGGUCCUGCUCAAGAUUGCCAAGUCGGACCCUCCCACGCUGCUCACCCCUUCCAAGUGGUCUUUAGAGUUCCGAGACUUCCUGAAGACAGCCCUGGACAAGAACCCAGAGACCCGGCCCAGCGCUGCGCAGCUCCUGGAGCAUCCCUUUGUCAGCAGUGUCACCAGUAACAAGGCUCUGCGGGAGCUGGUGGCUGAGGCCAAGGCCGAAGUGAUGGAGGAGAUCGAAGAUGGCCGGGAUGAGGGGGAAGAAGAGGACUCCGUGGACGCCGUCUCGCCUCUGGGGAACCACUCUCGGGACUCUUCUGAGGUGAGUCAGCUGAGCCUCAAUGCUGACAACCUUCUCAAAGAAUCAUCUCUCACCCCACUGCCACCCAGCCAGCCUCAGGACAGUGUGGAUGGACCCAGCCAGCCCUCUGGGGACGGAUCCCUCCAAACCACUAGCCCCCCGGAGGUGGCGCCUGGAAAUGAGAAUGGCCUAGCGGUGCCUGUGCUCCUCCGAAAGUCCCGACCAGUGUCAAUGGAUGCCAGGAUUCAGGUGUCCGAGGAGAAGCAAGCCGUCGACCAGGGUGGGGACCGCAGUCUGGCAGCCAUCAGGCCACAGAAAGCAAGCCAGAGCCGUCCCAACAGCAGUGCCCUGGAGACCUUGGUCGACAGUAAGCUGGCCAACGGCAGCCUGGAGCUGCCCGCCCAGCCAGGCCCGUCCAAGAGGGACUCGGACUGCGGCAGCCUGUCCACCUCUGAGAGCGUGGACUACAGCACCUCUCUCUCCGCUGACCUGUCCCUGAACAGGGAGUCCGGCUCUCUGUCCAUCAAGGACUCAAGGCUGCACAAUAAAACCCUUAAGAGGACACGAAAGUUUGUGGUGGAUGGCGUGGAGGUGAGCAUCACCACCUCCAAGAUCAUCAGUGAAGACGAGAAGAAGGACGAGGAGAUGAGAUUUCUCAGGCGCCAGGAACUCCGAGAGCUUCGGUUGCUCCAGAAAGAAGAGCAUCGGAACCAGACCCAGCUGAGCAGCAAGCAUGAGCUGCAGCUGGAGCAGAUGCACAAACGUUUUGAACAAGAAAUCAACGCCAAGAAGAAGUUCUUUGACGUGGAGCUAGAGAACCUGGAGCGUCAGCAAAAGCAGCAAGUGGAGAAGAUGGAGCAAGACCAUGCCGUGCGCCGCCGGGACGAGGCCAAGCGGAUCCGCCUGGAGCAGGAGCGGGACUACGCCAGGUUUCAGGAGCAGCUCAAACUGAUGAAGAAGGAGGUGAAGAAUGAGGUGGAGAAGCUCCCCAGACAGCAGCGGAAGGAGAGCAUGAAGCAGAAGAUGGAGGAGCACGCGCAGAAGAAGCAGCUUCUCGACAGGGACUUCCUGGCCAAACAGAAGGAGGACCUGGAGCUGGCGAUGAAGAAGCUCACGGCCGACAACCGGCGGGAGAUCUGUGACAAGGAGCGCGAGUGCCUCACGAGGAAGCAGGAGCUCCUUCGAGACCGGGAGGCGGCCCUGUGGGAGAUGGAGGAGCAUCACCUGCAGGAGAGGCACCAGCUGGUGAAGCAGCAGCUCAAAGACCAGUACUUCCUCCAGCGGCACGAGCUGGUGCGCAAACACGAGAAGGAGCGCGAGCAGAUGCAGCGCUACAACCAGCGCAUGGUGGAGCAGCUGAAGGUGCGGCAGCAGCAGGAGAAGGCGCGGCUGCCCAAGAUCCAGAGGAGCGAGGGCAAGACGCGCAUGGCCAUGUACAAGAAGAGCCUGCACAUCAACGGCGCGGGCAGCCCCGCCGAGCAGCGCGAGAAGAUCAAGCAGUUCUCCCAGCAGGAGGAGAAGAGGCAGAAGUCGGAGCGGCUGCAGCAGCAGCAGAAACAUGAGAACCAGAUGAGGGACAUGUUGGCGCAGUGCGAGAGCAACAUGAGCGAGCUGCAGCAGCUGCAGAAUGAAAAGUGUCACCUCCUGAUAGAGCAUGAAACCCAGAAGCUGAAGGCCCUGGACGAGAGCCAUAACCAGAACCUGAAGGAAUGGCGGGACAAGCUUCGGCCACGCAAAAAGGCUCUGGAAGAAGAUCUGAACCAGAAAAAGCGGGAGCAGGAGAUGUUCUUCAAGCUGAAUGAGGAGAUGGAGAGCCCGAACCCCACCACCCCGAACAAGGCCACCAAGUUCUUCCCCUACAGCUCUGCGGAUCCUUCUUAACAGCCCCGGGACUGUGCUGGCAGGUCGGCGGGCCUCUGGGGCCCUCCUAUUCUCUGUGAACAAGUAACUCAGGACCCCCUUCCUCUUGCUUCCAUGCCAGCUCGAAUCCAGCCCCUAGCCUUGUGCCACCCCAGCUGUGCCCGACAGCCCCACCCCGGUGUUCCUGACUUCUUGCUCACUCAGAGGGUGAAGUUUUAUGAUGUCACCUGAUCCUAGUGAAUGUUCUCUUUGAGCCCCAGAUCCUGCCAAGAUGUCAGUGAUUUGGGCUGUUAGAGGGGUCAGGGUCCAGGAGGAAUGGGGGUGCUGUGGCCUCGAAGCCCCUCCUGUUUGCCAAAACACCAGUUUUGCUGUUUGUGGCCACAGAGUGCUGCCACUGAGGUCACCACAGGCCAUCCAUAUGGUGGCUAUUCAGCCAUUCCCUGCAGUGUCCGACAAGAAUCACGGCUCCUACCAGCCGUUUUGGUUCCCAUGGGAGCCUGGCCUGCAGCCAGCCGCUCAGGGGUGCCCUCGUUCCUCCAGUCCCUUCAGUUUGCUUUCCUCUUGAGACAGGCUGUGUCUAUGACAGUGGGAUGGGGGAGAGCCUGGACCGUUCAUCCUGCUGGUCUCGGGUGUUUUGUGCCAUCUCGUGUUCCCACUUUCUACACACACAUGUGCACGCGCAGGGCUUGGCCCCUGGCACUACCCAGGCUUGCCUCUGCCCUGGCCUCUUGUGCCACGUAGGUGGGAACACGUUGGCUGCCUAGGCCUGCCCCUGAGCAUGUUAGGUGGAGCCAUUGGUGUGGGGUGUGCUGGGUGUCGGCAGCAGAGACACAAGGUAGCACGGGCUGAACUGUCAGUCUGCUUCCUUUUGGCCCCAUGUGGGAUCCUGUCUUCAGGGAUGAAUUCCUCAUCACACGAGACCUUCACAACCCAGUCCGCUCCCAUCUCAGCCUUGCCCAUCCCGUCUGCAGGCGAUACGGGAAAGCCACUGCCUCCCGCCCUCUGGCCCUCCUAGUUCAGGAGUCUGGCCUUACGCUCACACAGAGGAAGGCAGUCACUGGGACUUCUGUUCAGGAAGAAAAAGUGUCAGGGAGAAACGUCAUGCCUCCUGCCCCCAGGAACACGGCAGAAGCAAAGCUUCUGUGUCUCAGAUGGAGUCCUGGGCCUUGGGUCCCCCAGUCAGCCUCCCACAGAUUCCCAUCCCCACUGGCUGCAGAGUGUGGAUAACCCAUAAAAGCAAAGCUCAACCCAGCAUUCAGUUUAUUUACAAAGAAAACUUUUUUCCACCUUGAUUUCUAACUUGAAACAAAUAUAAGUGAAUGGCUUUUUCAGGAAGAUACCUGCUUUAGAAAAAUAAAACAGAAAAUGGAAGAUGAUUUCAAGGAAGCGUGUGGGCAUAUAGAGUCUGGGUACUGCUUUGCUGGUGAUGGAGGGGCUCACACACCCGGGAGGCCGUUCUCCCUUCUUCACUCCGAAAGGUGAAGGUUCCACGCUUUGUCUUCCUGAGGCAGUUCCCUGGAAGGCUUCUUGGCACUGGUUCUAACUGGAUCUUGGGAAGGGAGGGUGGCCGUUGACCAGGAGAAGGACCCGGGGUUCCCAAGUCUUACAUACGCAGUAAAGAUGCCCUGGGGGCCGUGGGAAGGCAGUGGUCCUCUUAGGUUAGUGAGGUUCCACUUGCCUGCUCCAGUAUUUGACCCAGAUAGGACAGUUUUCAGGUCUCACACAAAUGAGACAAGUGGAACUGUUGUCCCCGUUGGUUCUCCGUGGUGCAUGUGCUGGGAGAACGAGAACUACAGCAGUGCAACUGCAGAACGCAGGCCCAGUGCCGCCAGGCGAGGCCAGCGCGGGCACAUCGUCAGGCAGGCCUCACUGGGGCUUUGUUCACCAUCCUGCCUUUUCCAGCCGUCGGUGCGAGAAUGAGUGUGGGGGAAAUGCCGGUUUUGUGGUUCAGGUGAUGUCUUUAAUCCUUCCCUUAUUGGGCUUGUCAUUCACAUUGGAAUCUCGUUCAAGGAGGUGCCGUUUCUCUGCUCGGUGCCACCCGAGCCCCCGGAGCUCCCGGUCCUUCCUGGCUGGGGCUGGUCGGGUCUCCCAGCCUCACGGUCAGUGCUCACCGCUGAGAAGGCCCGCGCAGUGUUCCUCGCGUCCCGUGCUAAUGUUUGCUCUGUAAGGGCCAGGUGGAACUGUUUCUCAUUUUCAGCCCAUUUUUGGCAGAGUAAAUAUAACUAACUUAUAUUUUCCCUUUAUGAAGGAUAGAAGUUAUUUUUAUGUAGUUUCCAAACUUUAUGCAAAACGUUUGUAAAAUGUUCUCUGCAAAGUUAACUGCAAAAAUGUAAAUAAGCUUUUAAUAAAAUAACAAAGUGAGAAACUCGG